AUGCAGCAUAAGACGGGAACAGAGGAGCUACACAUGCAGCAUAAGCCGGGAACAGAGGAGCUACACAAGCAGCAUAAGCCGGGAACAGAGGAGGUACAUAUGCAGCAUAAGCCGGGAACAGAGGAGCUACACAUGCAGCAUAAGCCGGGAACAGAGGAGCUACAUAUGCAGCAUAAGCCGGGAACAGAGGAGCUACAUAUGCAGCAUAAGCCGGGAACAGAGAAGCUACAUAUGCAGCAUAAGCCGGGAACAGAGGAGCUACACAUGCAGCAUAAGCCGGGAACAGAAGAGCUACACAGCAGCAUAAGCCGGGAACAGGAGCUACACGUGCAGCAUACAAGCCGCCUAAGCCGGGAACAGAGGAGCUACAUGCAGCAUAAGCCGGGAACAGAGGGCUACACAUACAGCUAA